AUGAGAGGUUCUUCCUGUCUCUGGGUGCUGCUUCUACUGGUGCCAGGCACUGCUGGGACACGGAUAUCUGCAGACUGCGGCCAGCCCCGCAUGUCCAACCGGAUCGUGGGUGGCCGAGACGCCCAGGAUGGAGAGUGGCCGUGGCAGGCAAGCAUCCAGCACCGUGGGGUGCACGUGUGUGGGGGAUCUCUCAUAGCCCCCCAGUGGGUGCUGACAGCAGGGCACUGCUUCCCCAGGCAGGUGCUGGUGGCUCAAUACCGCGUGCGCUUAGGGGUACUGCGUCUGGACCCCACAUCACUUCACGGACUCUUGGUGCCUGUGUGGCGGGUGCUGCUGUCCCCGGACUAUUCAGAGGAUGCAGCCAGAGGCGACCUGGCCUUGCUGCAGCUGCGCCAUCCAGUGACCUUGAGCGCCCGAGUGCAGCCUGUCUGUCUGCCCAGGUCCAGGUCCCGCCCCCACGCUGGCUCAUCGUGUUGGGUCACUGGCUGGGGCAGCCUCCGCCCAGGAGUGCCACUCCCAGAGUGGCGACCUCUUCAAGGAGUGAGGGUACCACUGCUGGAUUCACGCACCUGUGACCGCCUCUACCACAUGGACACUGAUGUGCCCAAGACAGAACGUAUAGUACUGCCAGAGAACCUGUGCGCUGGCUACCUUGAAGGCCACAAGGACGCUUGCCAGGGUGACUCUGGGGGGCCUCUGACCUGCAUGCAGUCUGGGCGUUGGGUCCUGGUGGGUGUGGUGAGCUGGGGCAAGGGCUGUGCCCUGCCCAACCGUCCAGGUGUCUAUACCAACGUGGCCAAGUACAGCCCCUGGAUUCGGGCUCACCUCAGCCUCUGAUGCUGGUUUCUUUAGUGAUGUUGACCUGGAGCCAUGAACUGGGUCCCUCAGCCUCCUGGUAUAUCUGGGGUCCUGCUCACAUCCUAGUUCUUCAGACUUGAAACUCUCCCUACCCAUCUCAUCGCCUCCCUACCCUCUCCUUCAUGGGGCUCACAAAACCUGAAGAUAUCCCAUGUGCCCCAGGGGCUCCUCCCCUUCUCAUGUAUAUUUGCCCUCCUCAGCUCUGGCUCGAGAUGAGGAUGGGGUAUCCAGAGGUGGGCAAACUAGCUGGUACCCUGUCUGGCUUGUGUGCCCAAUAUUUUCUGGAGGAAGUUAAACAGAUUCAAGCUAUGAGAGGCAUUGAAUACCAGGAAGCUUCUCUAUGGCUGGCUUUGAAGGUGGAGGGGCCAGAAACUGUGAGCAGGAUCCUGUAGCUGAUAGCUAGGAAGGGACAGAAACCUCAGCCCUAUAACCAACGGGAGCCAAGUUCUGCCAACACCCUGAAGGAGAUGAAAAGCGAAUUCUUCCCUCACCUCCAGAAAAGACCUUUGCUUGGCCAAUUUCUUGACUUCAGCCUGACAAAAACCUGGGCAGGCAAACCCAGCAAUGCCAUCCAGUCUGCUGACCUAUAGACCUGUAACUUAAUAAAUUUAUAUUG